UCGUCGAAUAUGGGCGCAGUGGUGAGCUCGGCGAGGUAGUCGCCUCCGGGUUCGAGCAUUGCGCCAGAGCGCUCAUAAGAAUGGUGAUGUCAAGAGUCCGCCUAAGAGAGCAUGCGGCAGCGGGCAAUGGCGAUUGCGAUUUGGGGUCCUGGCGAGUGGCUGCACUGUGCAGUCUCCGGUGCAGAGGAGAUUGGAGCGCAGAGCAGACGCUUGCUCAGGCCGGAAUGGGGGGAGAGGUCAGGUGUUUUCAGGGUUGCGGUGAGGAAAGCCCAGAUGGGAAGUGACAACACGAAGAGCGGGACAGAAAGCUUGAGAGUUCCCCACCACGGCAGCCGCCAGCGCCAGCAGCCAGCCGCUGGCCACCGCCGCCGAAACUCCCAGGCGCCGCAAUCCGGCUCAUGCGCAGCCGCGGCCAUGACCUCCAUUUUGGCGCCUGGGCGCUUUCUCAUUUCGCCGCUCAAAACGAAACCAAACAAUCUGGCAUUGCGGAGCGUUGACUUCAGUAAUGCUCGUCGCCGGGCGCGCCUGCCGCAGUACUCAGCGGCCGCCUGCCCUCCAGCGUGCCCGUGCAGCAUCCGCCGACCGCCCAAGGUCCCGCGCCCGCCCACCGGUCGAUAGGGCAGUUCUCGUGAUCUGAUAUCAGUCGCCCGCUCGCCGAGUCCGC